UCACAACGCGUUAGUACGUACUGAAUGCAUUGAGCGCGAAACUAUUCCAAUGUCGUCAAAUAAGCGAAAAGCAAGUAAUAACACGCAGAUAAAUAGUUGUCAACAGCCAGAUUCCAAACGAUUUUGCAAUGAAAGCAUUUUGUGGCCAGAUGACAGCCAAGGGGAUAGUUUCUUUUCCAAUGCUAAGUUGGAAGAUUUGCUCAGUGGCAACAACCAUAGUAAUGGGCAGCUAGAACUCUUCGGCACUCAAGCUCCAACCCCACAGCACAAUUUAAGUGGAUCUGACAAUGGUCUAUUUGCUGAUAUAUCUUUUCCCGAACCAUCAAUUACACCGUCGCCAAAGGUGGAAACUAAAACUCGUCGUGAUCUCUCCAAGAUCAACCUAGAUGAUGAUGAAACCACAGCUGAUGAGAUCUUUAAGCAAAUAUAUUUAAAUGAUCUCAGCGUUGCGGAAAUGGAAGACAUCUUCCACGGUGCAGAAGAUUACAGUGAUCCAUUACAGCAAAAUACACAAAUUUUCCUAGAUGCCGUGGCCUUUAAGAAACCCAAGACUGUAAUGAAAGAUACCAAUGUGGAAGUAAAGGAUACAAUAGCAAACAAUGAAUCCCAUUUGUUAUCGAAGUCCUUGUUAGAAUCUACAGUCCAGGGGACACAAUAUGAGACAUGUGAGAAGCUUCAAAACUGUUCUAUGCUCGAUCCCAUGUUGUGGGAUAGUCAGGCAUUUGCGGAUUUCGAGAAGCAACAGCAGCAGCAGCAGGAGAAUAUCGAAUACCCGACAUUUCCCUCCAAAGGUGAUUUCUAUGGCCUUCCAGAUAAAGUGCGCCGUAUGAUAUUCGAGCAUAAAAACAUUAAGAGUUUAUAUGAGUGGCAAGAUGAGUGCCUAAAUUUGCCUGCUAUACGCCAGCGAAAAAAUCUUAUUUAUGCGUUACCCACAAGUGGAGGCAAGACAUUGGUAGCCGAAAUUCUGAUGUUACGCGAAUUACUUUGCCGGGAGAAGAAUGUCUUAUUUAUUCUACCAUAUGUAUCCAUAGUGCAAGAAAAAGUCAGUGCCAUGUCUCCAUUCGCAAUUGCCUUGGAUUUCCUAGUCGAGGAGUAUACAGCUGGCAAGGGUAAAUGUCCACCACAACCAUGCCGAAAGAGGCGUAGACUUUUCGUGGCCUCAAUAGAAAAAGGUGCAGUCCUAAUGGAUAGCUUAAUUGAUGUGGACAGACCUCAUGAGAUUGGUUUGGUUGUGGUCGAUGAGUUGCAUUUGAUUGGCGAAAAGGGUAGGGGUGCCACCUUGGAGGCUCUUCUCACCAAAGUAAUGUUUCUGAAUGCUGGCAUCCAAAUAGUGGGCAUGAGUGCAACCAUAGGUAAUCUAUCUGAGAUUUCAUCGUUCCUCAAGGCAGAUGUGUAUACCCGUGGCUUUCGACCCGUCGAAUUAAAAGAAUACAUCAAAUGUGGCACUGAUCUACUACAAAUUCAUCCAAAUGGUAAAACUCCAGAGGAGAUUUUUAUCCCUAGCCGUAGGGUGAACUUUAAUUAUAGUCCCGCUGUGGAACGUGCCGAUCCGGAUCAUUUGGCUGGUUUGAUAAGUGAAUGUGCUCCAGAACAUUGUUGCCUGGUAUUUUGCCCCACCCGCAAGAACUGUGAGAAUGUCGCCCUUCUCCUGAGUCGUAUUGUGCCCAAGCAAAAGUUCUUAGAACAUCGUCAGAGCGAAAAAGUUGAUCUCAUGGACGCAUUGGAUAAAAUAUGUGGCAUUCUUAGUCCUGUUUUGGCCAAAACUUUACCCUAUGGCAUUGCCUAUCAUCAUUCGGGUCUCACGACAGAUGAACGAAAAUAUAUUGAAACCGCCUAUAGAUUCGGGGUCAUUACUGUCAUCUGUUGUACAUCAACUUUGGCAGCUGGUGUCAAUUUGCCAGCCAAACGGGUGAUCAUACGUGCUCCAUAUGUUGGCCAGGAAUUUAUGACAUUGUGUAAAUACAAACAAAUGGUCGGACGAGCUGGUCGCGCCGGUUUGGGUGAGGCUGGCGAAAGUAUAUUGAUUGCCCAGAGCAAGGAUAAUCUGCAAGUGGGUCAAAUGAUGUUCUCACCCAUGGACAAAGCAUUAAGUUCAAUGGAUCACUUGGAAGCAGUUGGGUUGCAGUCUCUUAUUUUAAGUGUAAUUGGACUUAAUCUGGCUGAAUGUCGUCGAGAUUUGAAUCGUUUAAUUAAUAGCACUUUGUUAGCCGUACAAGCCAAUGCUCUGGAUGUGGCUGUAGAUGAUGUGGUCCUACGUAUUCUACGGGAAAUGUUCAAAAACAAAGUUCUUCAACUAUCGGAACCGCAGAAUAAUAAAAUUAAUAAAAAUAAUUGCUCAGAUAUUAUAACGACACAGGAUAUUAAUCAAACAGCAACAACAUCAAAUCGCUCGGCGACAAAUGAUCGUCGAUUGCUAAUAGGCCAAUCGACACGUUUUCAAUUGACCAGUAUAGGCAAAGCUGCCUUUAAGGCGGGCAUUGAUUAUAAGCGGGCCUAUGCAAUACACAAAGAGCUGAAAUUGGCUCAGCACCAGCUCAUCCUAACCAAUUAUCUGCAUUUACUGUAUUUGAUUGUGUGUUUUAAUUCGAAUGAGCGUGGCGAUGAACUCUUUCCUGCCGAUGCAUUGCGUCUGUUUCAUGCCUACUCAUCGUUAAGCAUAAACAAGCAAGCAAUAUUCCGACAAUUGGGCUUCACAGAGGCUCAUGCUGCUAAAUUAUUUAAAAAUCAAUCGGUUCAAGGACCAUUGGCCCUUCAAUUGAAUCGUCUUUACAAGGUGCUUAUAUUGGAUGAUAUAUUGGAUUUAGAGCCACUGCCCAAUGUGGCAUCCAAAUAUAAUGUGGAGCGUGGCACAUUGCAGCACUUGAUUAGCCAGUCUAUAGCUGCCUCUAGUGCCAUUGUUCGCCUCUGUGACGAAAUCGAUGAAUUCUGGUGCUUUAAGCCAUUGUUCGAGAGAAUUCUACGUAAAAUGGAUCGCUGUGGAACCUUGGAACUGGAGCCAUUAUUGGAAUUGCCUUUAGUCAAAAUUAAUCGUGCCAAGCAACUCUUUGCAGCAGGCUUUAAAUCUAUUGAAGAUAUUGCCAAAACACAUCCCAUAAAUUUAGUUAAAUCCGUCGAGCAUAUGCCACUAAAAGUGGCCACUGAAAUUAUAUCAGCCGCCAAGAUAAUCCUAAUGAAAAAACUUGAUCAUUUGGAAGAGGAAACUGAAAAUCUUAAAGUCUGCCUACAAACAAAUCGAGAGUAAUAAAAGGAAAUGAAAGUGACAAGAAAACGAAUGACGCUGCGACUCAAGUCCCUUAAAUAUUAUUCCGCAUAUAAAAGUUGUUUUUCCUAUGCGAACUUUUUGUUAUACAAUUUGUUUUUUGUUUUUGUUUUAUUUAAAUUAGGAUACUUAUUUUUGAUUUUCUAUAAAAUUUACAUUAAGGACAUCGGCUGUAAAUGAUUGAUGUCGUCGUUUGUUGCUCUGUUUGUGGUUCUUUUUAGUUUUUGUAGUUGAUUUACAGAUAAAAACUACCAGAUAAAAAAAAAACACUUUGUUAGCAAUCAAAUUUGCCAGAAUUGUUGAUUUUUGUUUUUGUUUCGGCUACUAUCACGACAAUUGAGUAUUAUACAUGUAUACAUAUAUGUAUAUAUAUAUAUAUAAAAUGUAUACCUAUAUGUUUUAAGUUAAGGGCAAAUGAGCAAAAAUGGCUUUGCACAAUUUAAGACGACUCGAAUUCAGUUUAUAGCUUUAAUUCUCUAAAGUGUCCUUUUUUUUUGGUUUAAUUCCAUAACAUCGUUUGUUUAGUUAAAAUUUGUCGCAAAAUUAUUUAUGAACAAAUAUAAUUUAAAACUUAAAUAUAUAAAAUGUUGAGUAAAUUUUUGUUUUGUUUAAGUUAUCUUUUAAUUUUGUCAAAUGGGAUGUGAAAUAAAUUCUAUUAAAAAGAAAA